CGAGUCAGUGUGUGUUGACCUCUUGUGGGGCGAUGACGGGCCGGGACAGUCGCUCGUGUGUCUGUGUGUGCUAGAAGUGUUAAAGUGCUGUGUUAGUGUCUUAUUCCUCGACUAUAUUCCCUUGAAGGACUGGACGCGACUCUCAUGGCGGCCUGGACUACGAAAGGAGUGACGCGCCAAGGGGUGUGGGUGUUGGCGGCGGCGGCUGUGCUGGUGGCGGCAGGGGCGCUGAUCCCCGGGGCGGCGGCGCAGCACGAGGGGGGCGUGGUCUCCCUGCCCCCCCCGGACGAUGCCACAGUGCCCGAGGACCCCCAGGAGGACACCGCGGCGGAGGUGGGCGGCGUGGGCGAGGACGUGGGCGUGUCUGGGGAGGCUGAGCGGGGUGACCUGACGCCGGGCGGGGGGUCACGCGAGGGUCACUUUUCAGGCGGGUCGGCGCGCGUGGUGCUGCCGGAAACCCUCAUUCUGCGCGGCUACACGUCCCUCAGCUUCAGGACCUGCAGCCAUGGCACGCUGCUGCAACAGACGGGUUCGGGCGGGGACAGCCUGGUGCUGGGCGUGAGCGAGGAGGGGUCGCUGGUGCUGACCCUGACCCAGCACGGCCACGCGCACACCACCACGCUGUCCAGGAGCCUCAACGACAACGCCUGGCACAGAGUCUACCUCAAGUUCGAGCUGGGCGUGCUGACGCUGGGCGUGGGCCAGGCCACGGUUGUGGUGGCCAACAGCACGCACGGCAGCGCCUCGCUGCUGGACCUGGAGCUGUGGUCCGCCUCGCCGCAGCUCACCAUCGGCAGGAACUUCACGGGCUGCCUGCUGCAGGGCGCCGGCACGAACUUCACCAGCAACUUCGCCCUGCACACGGGCGUGCAGUGGGACGCCUGCCCGCUGCCUGAUGGAACAGACUGCACCGGCUACCAGGAGGACCCGUGCUUCGCCCAGCCGUGUGGCCGCCGUGGUGAGUGCGUGGCCGCCGGGGACAGCUAUGCCUGCAACUGUUAUACGCGCUAUGAGGGAGAGCAAUGCCAGAUCGACACCGGGCCGCUGUGUCCAAGGACAGAGUUCCAGUGUGCCAACGGGGGGCUAUGUCAGGAGGACCGUCAGGGCAACACCACCACCUGUGCCUGCCCCACUGGCUACAUUGGUGCCACCUGUCAGACGCCCAUCAACGAGAACUUCUGUGAGGCCGACACACACCCUUGCCAGAACAAUGCCACCUGCACCAUCACGGCGUUCUCGGAUAGUUACGAGUGCCUGUGUCAGCCUGGGUACAGCGGCGAGCACUGCGAGGUGAACGAUAACGACUGCGCCUCACAACCCUGCUGGAACGGCGGCCUCUGCAUAGAUGGCAUCAACGACUUCUCCUGCAACUGUGACGGCACCGGCUAUGUCGGGGACGUGUGCCAAGACAACAUCGACGAGUGUUUGCCCAUGUCUCCGUGCCUCAACGGGGCCACCUGUUACGACCUGUACGGCAGCUACGAGUGUGCCUGUGUGCCGGGCUAUGGGGGCAAGCACUGCGAGCUGGAGGUGAUGGAGUGCUCGUCGGACCCCUGCCAGAACGGGGGUACGUGCACAGACCUGCAGAACGCCUACCGCUGUGCCUGCCUGCUGGGCUUCGAGGGCGACAACUGCGAACGUAACAUUGACAACUGUUACAAUGUGACCUGCCCAGAGAACUCCUUCUGUGAGGACGGCGUGAACGAGUACGUGUGUCGCUGCAGCCCGGGAUACUCAGGCUCAGCCCCUAACUGUGUUGAGAUCAAUGAGUGUGCCUCUUCUCCAUGCCUCAACGGGGCCACCUGUUAUGACGACAGCAACGCCUACACCUGUAUCUGUGGCCCGGGAUUCUCAGGGAGGAACUGUGAGGUGAACAUUGACGACUGUGCCGGCGCUCCCUGCCAACACGGGGGGACCUGCCAUGACGAAGUAGAGGCCUUCACCUGCGAGUGCCCAGCUGGGUUCGAGGGCGUGCACUGUGAGGUGAACCGCGACGAAUGUGCACUUAAUGUGUGUGUGCACGCCACCGACUGUGAGGACCUGAUCGGCGACUACACGUGUCACUGCGAGGAUGGCUGGGCGGGGAAGAACUGUGAGGAUGAGGUUGACGAGUGUGCCUCCUCGCCCUGCCUCAACGGUGCCUCGUGUAAGGAUAGAGUUAAUGGCUUCGACUGUACCUGUCUGCCGGGCUUCACAGGCCAGACAUGUGAGACCAACAUUGAUGAGUGUGCCUCCACCCCCUGCCUGAACGGUGGGGUGUGUGUGGACGGCAUCAACAACUACACCUGUGAGUGCGGCGAGGCAUUCAUGGGCACCAACUGUGAGGAGCAGUACGACGCCUGUGCUGCCCAGCCCUGCCACAAUGGGGGGUCCUGCAUCACCACGCGAGGAGACAGGAGCUUCUACUGCGAGUGUAUCCCAGGUUUUGAGGGCCUGUACUGCAGCAACAACAUCAACGACUGCUUCGACGUGACCUGCUCGGAUGGCAAGGUGUGCUUCGAUCUGGUCAACAGCUACGAGUGCCGCUGCCCAGAGGGGUUCACCGGCGAAAACUGCUCCGUCAACAUUGAUGAGUGCCAGAGCGACCCUUGCCUCAACGGGGGGGAGUGCCAUGACGGGAGGGCCAACUACACAUGCAUAUGCCUGCCAGGAUACACAGGCCACAACUGUGAGGAGGACGUUGACGAGUGCGCGACGCAGCAGCCGUGCAUCAACGGGAUCUGCGAGAACACCAACGGCUCCUACCAGUGCUACUGUCGGCCGGGCUUCUCGGGUGACCACUGCAACCUGGAGUUCGACGAGUGCCUGUCCCACCCCUGCAAGAACAGCGGUACUUGCAUCAAUCGCAUCAACGGUUACGAGUGCGUCUGUCAGCCUGGCUUCACCGGGACCGACUGUGACGUGGAUAUUGAUGAGUGUGAGAGUGGCCCGUGCCAGAACAAUGCCACCUGCCUCGAUGCCAUUGCCACCUUCGCCUGUGAGUGCCUGCCUGGGUUCACUGACCAGCUUUGCUCCACCAAUAUUGACGAGUGUGAGUCGGACCCUUGUAUGAAUGCCGGCGUGUGCACGGAUGGCAUCAACGAAUUCACGUGUAACUGUAGUGCCACCGGCUUCAAGGGCCCUCAGUGCGAGAUAAACAUAGAUGACUGUGAGUCGUCGCCUUGCCAGCACGGAUCAACCUGCUCAGACCUCAUUAAGGACUAUGAGUGUGUCUGCCACCCCGGAUACCAAGGCAAGAACUGUGAGGAGGACAUAGCCGAGUGUGAGUCCAUCCCUUGCCUCAACGGUGCCACCUGUCUGGAGCGCAGCAACCUCACCCUCUAUGACCUCGGGGUGUUCGACAACUUCACUUACGAGGAGGCGGGAGGCUUCGAGUGCGAGUGUGUGCCUGGAUUUGAAGGCGAGACGUGCGAGGUGAACAUUGACGAGUGUGAGAGUGCGCCGUGCCAGAAGGGAGAGUGCGUGGACGACAUCAACGCCUACUCCUGCAUGUGUUGGCCGGGCUACCAGGGCGUCGACUGUGAGACGGAGAUCAACGAGUGUGAGCUGUACGUGCCCUGUGUCAUGGGGACCUGCAUGGAUAAGGUCGCCGACUAUGAGUGUGUGUGCGAGGACGGGUACGGAGGCAAGAACUGUUCCGUGGAGCUGCUGGGGUGCCGCGGCGUGGAGUGCCUCAACGGCGGGGAGUGCCAGGCGCAGUUGGAGCAGGAGGUUACCCACGACUUUCAGUGCCGCUGCCCGCAUGGCUUCACCGGCCGCCACUGUGAGGACUCCACCACGCUGUCCCUUGCCGGCGCCUCAUAUGCCAUCAUGCACUCAGACCGGGAGGAAGGUUACGAGCUGUCCUUCCGGUUCCGCACGACGCUGAGCAGUGGCAUCCUGGCGGUGGGUCAGGGGGAGACCUACAUCAAGCUGGAGCUGCUGGACGGCCGCCUCAACGUGCACUCAUCCCUGCUAAACAAGUGGGAGGGCAUCUUCGUGGGCUCCGAGCUGAACGAUGGUGAGUGGCAGAACGUGCGGUUGACGGUGAACGACAGCCACGUGUUCCUGGCGGCCAACAACCAGACCACGCUGUACCCCAUCAACCCCGUGCAGACCAUCAACAGCUCUGACACAUCCUUCUCCACCACUGUGAUAGGAGGAGCGACCGCAACCCUGAAGAUCCUGUCCAAGGAGGCGCCUUUCUUCACGGGGUGUAUGGAGAACGUGGUGGUGGACGGCGUGGAGCUGGUGCCAAGGAGACUGUUGCCGCAGAUGAGGGUGCUGGUGGAUGAGGGGUGUCCGCGGGUGGAGCAGUGCAGCCCCAACCCGUGCCUCAACGAGGGCCAGUGUGUGGACCUGUGGAGCAGCUACAAGUGUAACUGUGAGCGGCCCUUCCUCGGGGACACCUGCCAGCUGAGCUUCACUCCCGUCACGUUUGGGAAUGAAGACACUAAGGACAGCCUGGUGACCGUCAUGAUCCCGGAGGUGGACCACGGCACCUACAGGACCCACGCCGAUGUGUCCAUGCUGGUGCGAACGAGGGAGCCAAACGGCCUCAUCUUCUACCUCGGCACACACUACGGCCCGGCCUUCGCGGGCGUGGAGGAGUCAUACAUCCUGGCGGAGCUGGUGCAGGGGCGGCUGGUGCUGCGCGUGCUGCUGGGCGGACACCAGGAGGAGCUCUUCACCGUCGCCGACGUCUCACUGGUGGAUGGGGAGUCACACCUCCUGCAUGUGAAACGCAUUAACCUGGAGCUUGAGGUUAGUGUGGACCACUUGCUGGUGCUCAACACAACGCUGCAGCACGGUGGCGACCUGCUGGCCCACGUGCUCUACCUUGGGGGGGUGCCCAGGGACUCCUCCACCCGGGUCAAGCGCCAACUCGGGGUGUCCAACUUCACCACCACCGUCACACGCCCACACUUCAAGGGGACGCUUCAGGACAUCAGGCUCAGCAACGGCUCCGAGACGCGCCUGGUUCAGCCGUUCCCGCUGGAGAAUGUGACGGCGGUGGUGCUUCCUGGGGACAACCUGGACAACGUGCAGACCCACAAUGUGCUGGAGGGCACUGUGAGUGAUGACACCUGCUCCUCCGCACCUUGCAUGAACGGAGGGACCUGCAACGUGACCUGGAACGACUUUGAAUGUGCCUGCCCCGUCGGCUACAAGGGCAAGACCUGUGAAGACCGCGAGUACUGUGCCAUCUACGAGUGCCCUGAAGGCUCCUUCUGUGCCAACCUGGAUGACGGGUACGAGUGCCAGGCCAACCUGACACUCUCCGGCGCAAACUCCUCCCUCACCUUCUCCCCCAGGAUCAGGCGCCCCCCCAUCACCCUAACGGACCUGCAGAUCACCUACAGAAGCCAGGUUGGUGGCGUGCUGGUCCACAGCCACAGCAGCGGUGCCGGUGUGCGGGUGAGCCUGGGUGCUGCGGGGGUGGUGGUGCAGCAGGAUAACGGCACCUCCGCCACCGCCACCUUCACCUCCAACGCUACUCUGGACGGCGCCUGGCACAACCUGAAGGUGACCCUCGACCCUGCCAUCGGCCUGCAGGUGCUGCUGGAUGACACACCUCUGCUGGGCGAUGACACCACAGUCAUUGUUGAUUUCAAGGAUUUGGUGUUGAGAGGCGAGAUCAUGCUUGGCGGUUCACCCCUGGACUCCGUGGCCCACAAUCUCCUGGACCCCACCCUGGCCAGCUCCCCCGCCCCGGCCCCCACCUCCCCCGCCCAGGUCGAGGGGGGCAGCACCACGCACAUGUUCCGGGGCUGCCUUGGGCCCUCCAGGGUGGCCGGCAUGCUGCUGCCAUUCUUCUCCCGCCAAGAGCUCAUCAAUAAUAGUGCGGCAAACCAGUUCUAUAGGAGGGAGGAGCAGAACACGGCCGUGGGCUGCACCGUCUGCUACCAGGAGGAGUGUGUCAACGGCGGGUUCUGCUCCAGCCCGGCGGAGGUGUACAGCUGUUCCUGCCCUGAAGGCUUCGAGGGUGAGCGCUGCGAGGUGAACAUCGAUGAGUGUGUCGGCCACCAGUGCCUCAACGGUGCCAGCUGUGUGGACGGCAUCAGCCAGUACACCUGCAGCUGCCAGCCAGGAUACACCGGGCAGUGGUGUGAGGAGGAUAUUGACGAGUGUGCCGCCAACCCAUGCCAGAACGGAGGAGAGUGCCGCAAUGAGAUUGCGCAUUUUGUGUGUCUCUGUCCGCCUGACUUCAUCGGUGUGGACUGCAGCGAGCUCAAGGUCAAGAACUGCUCCACCGUGAUGUGCCUCAACGGGGGGACCUGCAACGACGUCAUGAACCCAGAUACAGGCGUGGCCGACGACUACGAGUGCAGCUGUGCGUUCGGCUACACCGGCGACAACUGUGAGGAGACCGAGGACUUCUGCGCCAUGAAUAGGAUCGUCUGUCUUCAUGGCACCUGCAACUUAACCUUCAGGGACCAGGGUUGGGAGUGCCUCUGUAAUGCCGGGUGGGAGGGAGCACUGUGUCAAGAGGAGGUCGAUGAGUGCCUACCCGACCCUUGCAAGAAUGGUGGAAUCUGUGCGGACCUUGUCAAUGGCUACAACUGCACCUGCUUGGAGGGGUGGGAGGGGGCGACGUGCGAGGUGGACAUCAAUGAGUGUGAUCUGAGUCCCUGUGCGAAUGGAGGGGAGUGCGUCAACCUGCUUGGGACCUUCGAGUGCGAGUGUUCGGAACUCCAUUGUGGCCAGACCUGCAGCCUACCCAGCCCCUGCCUCGGCUUCAAUUGCACAGAGAACGGCGAGUGUGUGGAGCGCUGCGACGAGGAGGUGGAUGAGGAGCCCUUCGCCAAGUGCCACUGUGACGAGGGAUGGACCGGGGACGACUGUGCUAUGGCCCAUGUACAGUUCCCGACAGACCUGGAGUUGGCCAUCAUCGUGGGGUGUGUGGUUGGCCUCAUGCUGAUCAUCGCCAUUGUGGGCCUCACCGUGUUCCUCAUGAUGGCCAAGAAGAAGAGGCAGACAAGAGGGACUUACUCACCCAGCAGACAGGAGUUCUACAGCCCGCGUGUGGAGAUGGGCAACAUGAUGAAGCCGCCCCCCGAGGAGCGGCUCAUCUGAGGGGUGACGGCGGCGCGACGAGGGGAAACGUUUAGUCCAACAUGUUAGGGACCUGCUCACUAGCUUCUAAGUCCACCGGCGGCCUUACCCGGCGGCUGUGUGUGAACGGAGGACCUGCCUGUGUUCUGAGCCCUGGAGGUGGAGGUGGGAGGUGGAGCAGACUGUGAGGGUGUGAGGAGGAAGAGGAGGAGGAGGAGGAAGAGAGAGAAAGAAGUGAAAAGAAUUUGUUUGUGUGUGUUCUGUGUGAGUAAGAAAAGAGCUGAGAUGAAAAAGGAGGAAAAAGAGGAGGAGGAGGAGGAAGAGAGAGAGAGAGAGGACUUGUGUGUGUGUCCAGUGUGCUGUGUGGAAAGUGAAGGAAGAGAAGGAGGAGGAGAAGGAGGGAGAGAGAGACAAAAAGAGGCCUUAUUUGUGUGUUCUGUGUGCUCUGUAAGAAAGAGUUGGAAGGUGGAAUGGACGUGUGAGUGUUUGAAGUGGAAGAAAACGAAGAGAAGGAGGAGGAGGAGGAGGGAAAUGAAAAGAGGUCUUGUUUGUAUGUGUAGUGUGUGCUGUGAGUCACUGAAGAAAGUGUUGGAAGGUGGAAAAACAGCAAGAAAAGAAAAACAAAGACAGGAAAAUGAAUGAAAAAACAGUGGAGGAAAAUAAAUAAAUGGGAAAAUGGAAAAACAAGGAGAGAGGAAAAUAAAUGAGAGUGUUUGAGGAAGAGGAGGAGAGAGAGGUAGUACUUAGGUGAAAAGAAGACUUCUCUAUGUGUGUCUCGUGUGCUCCAAGUCACUGUAAGAAGAGAGUUGAGAAGUGAAAAAGAUGUGUGUUUGAGGAAGAGGAGGAGGAGGAGGAGGAAGAGGAGGACAGCAUUCCAGCCCCUGAGGAGGCAGACACAGGAGCACAUUAGACGUAGAGACAACAUUCCAGGCACAGAGACAUGCCCAACAAGAGACAACAUUCCAGGCACUGGGAGGAGGGCAGAGAAAGAAGACAACAUUCCUAGCUCUGGGAUGACAGGGAAAGAAGACAACAUUCCAAGCUCUGGGAAGGAAGACAGAAAAAGAAGACAACAUUCCAAGCUCUGGGAAGAAAAUAACAUUCCAAGGUCUGGUAAGGAAAAACUAAAAAGAAGACAACAUUCCAAGCUUGAGAAGACAAAAAGAAGACCACAUUCCAAGAUCUAGGAAGUAGGAAGCAAAAAGAAAGAUGACAACAUUCCAGGCACCAGGAAAACAGAAAGAAGACAACAUUCCAAGCUUGAGAAGACAAAAAGGAGACAACAUUCCAAGCUUGAGAA